GAAAUUUUAUUGACUUAAAUCAUGAAUUAUUAACAAAUAAUGUUGAUAAUGAUUUAACUGAUGAAUUUGUUGAACAUGGUGAUGUUAAUUUUGAUAUUGAUGAAAUAUUAAAUAGAGUAGAAAUAUUAUUGUCCAUUUUGGGAUUUGGGACAGCUUUGGGAUUUGGGACAGCUUUGGGAUUUGGGACAGUUUUGGGAUUUGGGACAGUUUUGGGAUUUGUACCACUUUUGGGAUUUGGGACAGUUUUGAGAUUU